GUCUCCAUCUUCAUUGGAGAUUUUCUUCUCUUCCAUUUCUUUCACUCCGUACAGUUCUUUAUUGAAAAAAUUGAAAACUUUACAGCAGAGAAUAUGUCAGGCUGCACCAUAUUCUGAGCUGUCUUAAACAUAAACAUAUACUCUCCCUUCAACAACGUGGAAAAGGAGGAUGUUUUGAGAAGUGACGCCGAUUUCUUUGUCUCCAAAUACAGUCUUUUUUCUGAAUCUUGGGUGUUGGGGAGGCAAAAAGACGGAGUCUUGAUGGGGUUUCUUGAUCUGUUUGUGGUGGCGCUGAUGCCUGUUCUUAAAACCCUGGCCAUCACCGCCAUUGGUCUGUUUCUUGCUCUGGAGCGGGUUGAUAUCUUGGGCGCCACUGCCAGGCACAAUCUGAACAAUCUUGUGUUUUAUGUCUUCACCCCGGCGCUUAUCGCCAGCAGCCUUGCUGAGACUGUAACAGCAGACAGCAUUGUCACACUAUGGUUUAUGCCUGUAAACAUACUUCUCACAUUCAUCAUUGGAUCGGUGCUGGGUUGGGUCCUUGUUAAGGUCACGGGAACUUCUCGAGAACUACAUGGUCUUGUCAUCAGCUGCUGUGCUGCAGGGAAUGUGGGAAAUUUGCUUCUCAUCAUAAUACCAGCUGUGUGUGAGGAGAAAAACAGCCCAUUUGGAGAUACUUCGACUUGCUCUACCCAUGGAAGAGCUUAUGCCUCACUUUCAAUGGCGAUAGGAGCUGUUUACAUAUGGACAUACAUAUUUAACAUAAUUCGGGCUUAUGGAACGCCGCGAAGAGAUUCUAGUGCAGACAAAUUGGGUUCUGGCUUCUUAGACAGCUGCAGAGAAGCUCUGCUUUCAAGCCACAGCUUAAAAUAUGAUCAAGAUGAAGAAGCUGUAAUAGUAGUAUGCGACGAUAAACAAGAGCCUUCUCUGCAACAAUCGUCCGUAUGGACGAGGGUCAAGCAAAAAAUGAAACUGUGGGAAGAGAUGAUCAACCUGAAAAUGAUGUUUGCACCCUCCACCAUUGCAACGAUUGUUGGAAUUACAAUAGGAGUAGUAUCCGUGUUACGAAAGCUGAUAAUCGUUGAUAAUGCUCCGCUUCAUGUCAUUGAUAGCUCAGCUGCAAUGUUAGGAGAUGCUGCAAUACCCGCAGUGACGCUUGUAGUUGGAGCAAAUCUUCUUAGAGGGCUCAAGAAACAAACGAUUGGGGUUUGGGUUGUGGUUGGGGUUCAGGUGAUCAGAUUCAUUCUGCUCCCUCUUUGCGGCAUUGCCAUUAUCAAAUUCGCUAUCCAUUUCGGUCUGUUGGGAUCACAUUCUCUCUAUCACUUUGUUCUUCUUCUGCAAUAUGCACUUCCUUCUGCCAUGGGUAUAGGAACCAUCACUCAGUUGUUUGAAGUUGGGGAGACUGAAUGUUCAGUGUUAAUGCUGUGGAAUUACUCUGUGGCUUCCUUUGCAGUUACUCUAUGGGCUACUGUUUACAUGUGGAUUUUGUCUUAGUGUUUUCAUUUUUUCCCCUAAAGAGGAAGAAGAAUGGGUGUGAUUGGAAAAAAGUAUUUUUUUUCCCAAAAAAAAGUAUUUUUAUGAAAUGAAUUGAAAAUGUCAAAUAAUACUCAUUCAUGUCAAUAGUUUUCAUACAUCAUACCCUAUAUUUAGAUUUUUUGACAAUUCAUUAUAAGUAUUUAUUGAAUAUGAAAAAUACACAACUAAUAUCGAAGAAAUUCGAACGAGGGAG